AUGGAUAAAUUACCUGUUUAUUUGAUGAAGUCUAUAGAAAAUGCAUGUAGUAUAUUUGACAAUUUAACAUUCACAAUACACGGGGAUGAAAGUAAAGCACGAAUAUCAAUAAUGUUCGGACAAAGUGAUAAUAAACAAAGUAAACGAAAAUCAAAAUCUACGGAACACCGAAAUAACAAAAGAAUGGCUGAAUAUAUUCAAAAAGUUACAAAAGUAGAUACAAGUCAAGAUAGAAAUAAAAGUAUUUUACAAGAAACUGUCAAUAUCGAUGGUGAUCAAUUAAUGGAAAAUGAAAGCGCAAAUAUAAGGAGCGCUAAAACUAAUACUAUAGUAGAGAAUGGUAGCCUUACAUUACAGGAAAAGAAUGUACUUUUUUCAAACAUACAUUCCAAAAAAGUUGAAUUGGAAGAUUUAAACAAAGUAACAAAACAACAGGAAAUUAGUGACCAUCAAUUAUUCGAAACUAUGAAAACAGAUGAUAACGAUACAACAAUACCAACUCGAAAUGAAAAUCCAGAGCAGUCAGAUGAAUCUGAUAAAAAUGAUGAUGGAGAUGAUGAUGAUGAUGAAGACGACGAUGAUGAUGAUGAAGAUGAUGAUGACGACGAUGGUCAUAAUGAUGAUAUAAUUGCAGUUGAAAUCGACGAUAUCAUUUCAAAAGCGGUGAUAAAGAAAAGUAGACUUUUUUCUGAUAAAUUCAUCGCGAAAUUGAAAGGAACCGGAAAUAUUAUAAAAUAUGAUCGAGGAUCUGAUGAAGUAGAACAAGUGAAUCCAAACGAUAUAGAUUAUCAAAUAUAUAAGAAAAAUGUAGAACAUGACUUUAUGGAUGUGAGAACUUAUGGAUUCCGUCCGAAUGAUACUAACGAUAAACUUUUGUUGAUGGCUAAAUUUGCUUUUGACAAAAAACUGUUCGUUUGUAUGAAAUGA